CUCGGCGUCUCUUCUCUUUAUUGGAGUACUGCAGAGGCACCGCUGCAUCGUGCAUCGUGUAGGAGAGGGGGAGAAAAAAAGAAGAGAGAAAUAGCACUCCUUGCGCGGUCACUAACUACCUCAGCUUCUGCGUCGCGAGGGGAAACAGGAAAUAUCCGCUGGAGAAGGCUGGCUCCCUGCGCUGUUUUACCGAACUGUCCAUCUUCGGUAGUCUAAAGAUGAGCUGUGACCAGACCUAAAGACAGCGUGGAUGGUGAUCUCUCCUACUGGAACUCAGCUGUCUUCACCUCUCAACCGUGUGACUGCUCCCAUCCCACUGCCAUAGAGAUCUGCUCUCCCUCACACCAGCAGCAUCAGCUAGCUAUCCUAGCCAACGCUAGUAUCAUUUGAACCAUCUCCGAACUUACUGUCAUUUGCUGCAGCUGAGUUGCCCUGUUGUAACUUACAUCAGAAGAAAGUAAGAACUUAAGCUAAUGUUUGUUACUUUCUAAUUUUCUCUCACACUUAGGUCAGCUUUUUUGGCAGUUCUUUUUGCCAGUGAGCAUUGGUUCCCAACUGACCUAGCUGGUUCGAUAAAGGACAAAUAAAGACAGGUAGAUAGAAUCAGAGUCAGCAAGAUGGAUGAGCCGUACAACAACAGGACGUCACUGGUGAAGGGCGCCAAGGACAUCGCCAAGGAGGCCAAACGUCAUGCCGCUAAGAAGGUCAGCAAGGUCGUCAACCGCGCCGCGGACGAGUACUCCUCCCAACGCAACUACAGCCAGUUCCAGAAUGAGGACGAGGACGAUGAUGAUGGACGCUACGCCUACACGCAGCCCGACGGCAACGACCACUUCCUCGGUGGUCUUACCGCCAAAGACGAAGACGGGGAAGACUACGCCAGUGACGCCACUGAGGGUCACGAUGAUGAAGAUGAGAUCUAUGAGGGGGAGUAUCAGGGGGUGCCUGCUGACGGGAAGCCUAGGGACGGGCAUGAUUCUCUGGGUCAACUUGUCUCAGACAGCAUGAGGGACCGUAAGGACCUGGAGCAGGAGAGACAGGCGGACGAGGAGGAGCUGGCCCAGCAGUAUGAGCUGAUCAUGCAGGAGUGUGGCCACGGCAGGUUCCAGUGGCAGCUGUUCUUCGUGCUGGGCAUGGCGCUGAUGUCUGAUGGAGUGGAGGUGUUCGUGGUGGGGUUCGUCCUGCCCAGCGCCGAGCUGGACAUGUGUGUCCCCAACUCUGGAGCAGGGUGGCUAGGCAGCAUAGUGUACCUGGGGAUGAUGAUGGGGGCAUUCUUCUGGGGGGGUCUGUCGGACAAGGUGGGCCGUAAACAGUGUCUGCUUAUCGCUAUGUCGGUCAACGGCUUCUUCUCCUUCCUCUCCUCCUUCGUCCAGGGGUACGGCAUGUUUCUCUUCUGCCGCAUGCUCUCCGGCUUCGGGAUUGGUGGGGCUGUGCCCAUCGUGUUCCCCUACUUUGCUGAGUUCCUGGCGAGGGAGAAGAGAGGAGAGCACCUGAGCUGGCUCUGCAUGUUCUGGAUGAUAGGAGGGAUCUACGCCUCAGCCAUGGCUUGGCUCAUCAUACCACACUACGGUUGGAGUUUCAGUAUGGGCUCGGCUUACCAGUUCCACAGUUGGAGAGUGUUUGUGGUGGUGUGUGCUCUGCCCUGUGUGUGUGCUGUUGUAGCACUCACCUUCAUACCUGAGAGCCCACGGUUUUUCCUAGAGAUGGGUAAACAUGACGAGGCCUGGAUGGUGCUGAAACAGAUCCACGACACCAACAUGAGGGCCCGCGGAGAACCAGAGAAAGUCUUUACUGUGAACAGGAUAAAGCUUCCUAAGCAUCUGGAUGAGUUGGUGGAGAUGCAGUCAGACUCAGCCAACCCUGUGGCCAAAGUCCUCUUCAGGAUCAGGACCGAACUCAGAGGGAUCUGGUUAACGUUCAUGAAAUGUUUCAACUACCCGGUCAGAGACAACACCAUCAAACUGGCCAUCGUGUGGUUCACACUGUCUUUUGGGUACUACGGCCUAUCAGUGUGGUUCCCUGAUGUCAUCCAUCACCUUCAGUCUGAUGAGUACGCCUCCAGAGUGAAGACUCACAACAACGAACGUAUAGAAGACUUCACCUUUAACUUCACCCUGGAGAACCAGAUACACACCAACGGAGUGUUCGUCAACGACAGGUUCAUCAGCAUGAAGUUGAAGUCCGUCACCUUCGUAGACUCCACCUUUCAGAACUGUUACUUUGAUGACGUGUCAACAGUAGGCUCAUUAUUCAAGAACUGCAGCUUCGUAGAGGCCUUCUUUUAUAACACUGAUAUUGACGAUUCUAAGCUGGUUGGGUCGAGGGUGAUCAACAGUUCAUUUCAUCACAACAAAACGGGCUGUCAGAUGACUUUCGACGACGACUACAGCGCCUACUGGGUCUACUUUGUCAACUUCCUGGGGACACUCGCCGUGUUGCCCGGCAACAUAGUCUCCGCCCUCCUCAUGGACAAGAUAGGGCGCCUGAGCAUGCUGGGGGGCUCCAUGGUGCUGUCAGGCAUCAGUUGUUUCUUCCUGUGGUUUGGUACCAGUGAGUCUAUGAUGAUCUUCAUGCUGUGUCUCUAUAACGGCCUCAGUAUAUCAGCCUGGAACUCCCUGGAUGUAGUCACUGCUGAGCUUUACCCUACAGACAGGAGGGGUACAGGCUUUGGCUUCUGUAAUGCCAUGUGUAAGCUGGCAGCGGUGCUGGGGAACCUGAUCUUCGGCUCUCUGGUUGGCAUCACUAAGGCCAUCCCCAUCCUGCUGGCGUCCACUGUACUGGUGGGAGGAGGACUGGUGGGGCUACGGCUGCCUGACACACGCGGCAAUGUCCUGAUGUAGAACUACACUACCCAGCAGCCUUCACUCAUGUGCCGGUUAGGCUUUUGUUGAACAUGCUGUCAUAAGGACUACAUAUCUGGGCUGGGUAGAAUUAGCUAAGCUAAACAAUAGUACACGCCGUAACAGUACAAAGUCCGUCAUAAGCUGACAUGUACUGUCUUUGUUUUAAGACAGUGUUAUGUAGGCCUUAUUACAGCAUGUUCAAAUAAGGUAAUAGAGAAACACCAAUGGUUGCCCUACACAGGCGCCACACAGAACACAUGUGUGUAAAAGGCUUUACCACCAACCACUCACAGACUGUACUCUGUCUUCAGUCCAGAUUUUACUGUAAAAUAUGGGCCAUCAUUUGUUUGCUUGUUUAUUUAUUAAUUUGUCUAUCAAUAAUGUAAUAAUGUUAUUUAUUGUGUCGCUGCUGUGCUAUCUUGUACUUCAAACCAAAAUGCCAAGAAGUGCUGUACACUUCAGAGUGGGGCGUGAUUUCUCCUUUCAAAGUAGUCAGUUAUUCAUGAUGUAUGUUCAAGCCUUUUGCACCCCCAGCUCCAAUUGCAAGAAAAACAUGGCCAUAGUAAAAUAGAAAUAGUAAGAAAUAGCUUUUAGUGUCGUCAAAAGUUACAGGAAAUUAAGCAGCUACAUUUCUAAAGAAAACUGUGCGUGUGUGUGUGUGUGUGUGUGUGUGUGUGUGUGUGUGUGUGUGUGUGUGUGUGUGUGUGUGUGUGUGUGUGUGUGUGUGUGUGUGUGUGUGUGUGUGUGUGUGUGUGUGUGUGUGUUGUGGGACAGCUUUAGGGCUUUGUUCUCUGUUGCUAUGGGUCUCUGUCAAAAGGAAUUUAUUCAGUAAGAAACCUCUGAGCUGCUAGCGAUAGCUCUUCCCCGUUUCUUUGUUUCUUUGUAUCUGUUUAACUCUUUCUUUGUCUUUACCUGUAUCCCUACAUCUCUCUCUCUCUCUCUCUCUCUCUCUCUCGCUCUCUCUCUCACUCUCUCGGUCUUUCCAUUUAUCUUUCUUACGUUGUCUCUCUCUCCUUACCUUGCUCUCUCUGUUUCUUUCUGUUUUGAUUCUCUCUCCAUCCCUCUGUCUUUCUCUCUCUCUGCCAUGCUGCUUGUCUCAUACGGUAGCUUACCCUCUACAAAACUCGAUGGCCUUUCUCAAAUGUCGUGCCUCGUUCCCUCCAACCUUUCUCUCUUAUGAAACUGCUGGAAAUCGCUCGAGUAUGUAGUUCUUCUCUUCUUCGCUCUAGUGUGUGUGUGUGUGUGUGUGUGUGUGUGUGUGUGUGUGUGUGUCUGUGUGUGUGUUUGUGUGUCUGCGGGUGUGUGUGAUAUAUGGGCAAUCUCCUGUGAGCUAGCUUGUCAGUUUCACCAUCUUGGUGUGUGACCUAAUUUAAAUCCAUAAACAGAAAAGUAAUAUCUGCUUAUGCGUGUUUAGGUUAUUUGUUGCCGAGUUGGUAUAACCUUAAACUAUGUGUUUAAGCAGAACGCAGGUGGACUUUAAUGGGAUGAUAUAUGAAAAAGCCAUUGUAACAGCCUGGUCUCAUUGACUAGACCUAACAUGGUAAACGUAAAUCCGGGACACUCAAAUUAGUAUGAUAUGUUGAUUUGAUAUGAUUUGUCACGUUUGGUAGGGUUACAUAAGACCGAUGGUUACUUAAGGCAAAAACUAAAGAUAGGAUGGUUGAUCGGGGUGGAUGGGUUGGCGUAUAACACAAACGUCUAGAAACCCAAACGUUGCGAGUUUGAAUCUCAUUACGGACAACUGUUGCUAAUUAGCACCUUUUCAACUACUUAGUAUUCUUUAGCUACUUCGCAAUUCUUUUGCAUGUUAGCUAACCCUUCCCCUAACCCUAACCUUAUGUCAUGCCCUGUUUCUGUUCUGUUUCACCUGUCCUUGUGCUCGUCUCCACCUCCCUCCAGGUGUCGUCCAUCUUCCCUAUUAUCCCCUGUGUAUUUAUACCUGUGUUCUCUGUCUGAUUGUUACCAGUUCGUCUUGUUCGUUCAAGCUUACCAGCGGUUUUUCCUGUCAGCUCCUAUCGUUUCCCAGCCUCUCUUUGCUAAAUCAAAUCAAAUCAAAUUGUAUUGGUCGCAUACACAUGGUUAGCAGAUGUUAAUGCGAGUGUAGCGAAAUGCUUGUGCUUCUAGUUCCGACCGAGCAGUAAUAUCUAACAACGGUUUUGACCAUUGCCUGUCCUGACCCAGUACCCGCCCUCCUAAACCUCUCUGCCUGACCCAGAGUCCUGUACCUUUGCCUUACCCUGGAUUUCCGACCCAUGCCAACCUUGACCUGUCUUUGUCUGCCUCUGUUGCCACAAUAAACAGUGUUACUUCGACAGUCUGCAUCUGGGUCUUACCUUGAUCCCUGAUACCUUAACCCAUUAACCUAACCCCUAAACUUAACCCUAACACCCAACCCUAACUCCUAGCCUAGCUAAUGUUAGCCAGCUAGCUAUAAUUCGUAACAUAUCAUAUGAAAUGGGUGAUGGUGAUCCACAAAUGAAUACAUACCAUACGAAACGUAACAUAGUGUUUUCAGAUUUACGUACAGAAUCAUACGAAAUGCUCUGAGACCAGGUUGAUUGUAAACGUAGCCUGAGUUUUAUCAAAGGUACAUAUUGCUGCUACCCUCAGUGCUACGGUUCUGAUGUGAAUACAAGUUAGGUGAUAAGAUACGUACUUUAGUCAGCCUAGGUGCCUAUGUUACAAAAUAUUGAUUCUGUAAGGACAGAAUCCGAACUAGAGAAACGUCAAUGAAGGAUUCCGGCUUGUCAUGUUAAAGGGAUGUUUCACCCAUUUCACUCUUUUACAUGGAUUACUUUCUAGGUAUCCAUACGAUUAUCUAAAUGUCUAGUUUGUGGGGAAACUGCAGUAGGAUAUUGGCAUUACUGCAGUGCAUGCUUUUGCUUUUGACCAGGAAUGGAUAGUUUGUGUAGAUGUACAAUAUGUGUGUGCAUGUGUGUGUGUGUAUGAUAUCGGGUGUGCGUGUGUGUUUAUUCUAAUGUAUACGUUCAAAAGUUUUUAGUUUUCCAACCAUGGGUUGGGGUCGAUAUUGAUGAGUUGAUUUGACUCACUGAGGUGUCUGAUUGGUUUGUUAAUGAGUUUCUGUGUCUGUCAGCUUAUCCAACUGCAUAAUUUGCAGCCAUCUAUCCCUCCUCACAUCACUCUGUGUGAAACAAACUCUAAGGCCUAGAUUCAAUCAGAUCAAGCAUUAACUGGAGACAGCAGACACCAGCAUAGUGGAUGUUUUGGCAGCAUCAAAUCUGUGAGCAGCUGCUCUUUUGCGAUCAUUGUCACAAAGAGUUGGAAGUUCCGAACGAGAAAGUAUAGGCUAUACAGAAAUAAUUAUGCUCAGAAUGAAAAAUCAUGAAAUCAAAAUUAGGAUUUCUGUCAGCCUAAUUGAUGUGUAGAUUACAUCUCAAAUUCCUGUGUUCCAACUUGUAAACAAGGCUGCAUAGGAUUUACGUUAAUGCGAUGGCAAUGUCCGCUUUAGGUAUAAUGCCAGGAGCCGCUUGUGGAUUUGACAGCUCUAACGCAGUUCCGCCUCCGCCAGAACAAACGCUAUGCGGAUCUGAUUGAAUAGAGCCCUAAAACUACACCUCUGUUAAAAUAGGAAACUUUGCACGUGUGCUACUAAAGUAUUUAUGUUGCUGUGCUGUUUUUGUGUCUCUGCUUACAGGGAUGUAGUGGUAAAAAAUAUAUAAAGGUGGCUAUACGUUGAAUGCCGGCCGAGAUGACAGGCGUAGAGGAUCGAGUAACGUAAGCACUAAUGCUAACCAUGCUAGUUGAUGUAAUAGCCAGGUGUGCUAACAACGUAAUAAACACUUUUUUAACGUUUGUUUCCGCUCAACUACAUCCCUGCUGCUGUUCUUCUGUAGAGGAGCUGCUAUGUUAAUCUGGGUCAAAGGUGAAUGUAUCAUUCUGGUGAGGUCCUUGUUGUCAGGUUGUUCUGUGGGCAGGUGUCUGUCCCUUCUUCUGAGUUGACUUCUGGGUAGUUGUGACAGGCAUGCCAGUGGUGAGAUGACUGUACUAUACGUAGCUACAGACAUGUUAUAGACCAGGACACCUCAACUCCAGGCCCUCCAGGUCCAUCCACAGUACUGCUAGGUUUCUCUUCUCCCCUUCUCUCUCUCCUUCUUCUCACCGAUCAUUCAAUAAUUCAAGUUUAUCUGUACUUUUCCCAAAAACAUUUGUGCUUUACAGUAACCCAGUCUAGACCCUGAAAGAACAAGCAUGUGUUAGAUUGGCCAGAGAAUCCACUGAAUCAGUCCCUGAUCAGAGGGGAGGGAUGAAAACCAGCAGUGCUGCAGUUUACUAGUCCUUUAGGCCCAGGUUGGAAUAGCCCUGCUAUAGACAAUACAUAGAUAGAGGUGUGUGUUAAACCAUUUACUAAAUACCUGUCCUUGAUGUAAUUUAUCUUGAGGAGGGAACAUUAACAUGUGCAAUGUCUAAAGUCUAAAGAGGUAGGUUCUACUGGGAUCUACAUGUAUUCAAUAAAGGCUUACAUUAUCUAACAA